AUGGCCGCAAGUUUAUUAUUCAAGCGUCAACCACCACAUAAAAAACCGUUUAGUGAUAUAAAAUUGAUUUCGCAAACAGUAAUUCACAAGGAUGACAAUAAUUUGUUCGAAGAUUGGAUAGAUCAAUCCGAAUAUGCAUCCACCUUCACUACACCAUCCUCGUCUGUCCCUUCACUCGGAAUACCACCAAUUAAAUCUUUCGAUAAUUAUAAGGAUGGUUCUCUCUCUGCUUCCUCACAAAACCUCUCUUUAAACGAUUCUUUGGGAGAAAAAAAAUCGGCAAAGAACUUUAUUAUACAGGAAUUUAGGAGCUCUGAUGGCGAGCAAGCAACUAUAAAUCAAUUAAACGAGUUAAGAUGUGUUCACAAUGGAGUUACAACUACGCCUGAUGAUUUUCUAAUAACUCCCCCACUGAGUAGCACCGAGAUCUCCGAAGCAACCUCAGAAUCCUCUUUUUCAUUCUACACAGUUUCAAGUGAAUACAAAUUAGAAUCAUUGAA